CACAAAUUCGGCAAGCACCUUACAAAAUUAAAAAAAAAAAAAUAAAAAUUUAGUGUAUUGGAUUAGCCGAUUUGAUUAAAAUGGCGCUUCGUCUUACGACCAUUGCUCUUCUACACCGUGCUCCUUUAUUAGUUGUGCCAAAGUUAAAAGCAGCACCACCAACACGCACUCUAUUGUUAAGAAAGAAUCUGGUACCGUUUUUAGAUGAUGAUCCUUGUGUGUUUUCAAAGAAAGCCAUCAUGCAUCAUUGGGGGGUCCUUCCGAUUAUUUUCAUAUCAGUCGUUGGAGGUAUACUUAAGGUUGGCGCCAUGAUCCGCCUGGCAUUGGUGAAGGACGAUGUGUUCUUUACCAAGGAUUCGGCAUACUAUAUGUACUUGGAGACGCGCAAAGGUCCCUGGUACAAGCAAAUGAGUCGUAAGUGGGGUGGUCGGGAUGAGUAUGAUAUGCCACCAGGAUUGUUAUUGGCCAACCAGGGCGAUGUUUCUGGUCCUUCAUUCUAGGAGGCGUUGAAAAUAAUGUUGACAAUGCCGACGAACAUAAAAGUGACGAAGGUCCGGAUUUUAAAAUCAUUGCAGGACAUGCAGUGAUCACAGGCGUAGCUUUGGGUUUGGCAACAAUGUUGUAGAAAGUCGUAGGACGGAGCAGACUAUCUCAGGAUGGAGCUGUUCCAUAUUUAUUGAAGGACUCAUGUUUCAGUUUUACUAUGAUCUGUAUUACACAGAUGAAAAGGACGACGGCAAGAAAAAGGACAAAUUCGCUUGGAUUGGAGGAGGUGGUGCUGGUCAGAUUAGCAUUGAAGCGAUGUAUUUUAUAGACUUGACUCUACGUCUUCCCUCUGUUCGCUUGGCCUUGAGGUUUCGAAUCCGCUGAGGACUUGCUACUAGACCGAUGUAGUGAGUUCUUAGACAAGCUAUCGAGGUAUCCGAACAGAGCCUUUGGAGUGCAGGAAGAAGGUCGAUCCUUGCGAAAAAACAUACCAUUUUUCCACGCAAUUUUAUAAGAGGCGCCCUCAAGUGACGAGUAGCUACUCCUUUCGUAUGGAAAGUAAAGAGAGGUCCUCGAUGUAAAAUUUUCUACAGCAAUGUAGAAUGCAAAUGGUGGAUGUAAAAUGUAGGCCUUUUUUCGCAACUGCCGGAUCUGAACAAAUUUUUACAUCUUUAGCGCCCUAAAUUCCCUUUGUUUAUAAAUUUGGCAUUGAUAUUUUUACAAUGAAGCAAAUACAAUAAGGUUUCUAUGAAAUUAUA